UUUGAAGGCAGCGACUGACUGACCGACAUUGGUCGAACACGGAGCCGCGUCGCCGGUAACAGUGAGCAGUUUCUUUUGCAGCUCCGCGCUUUCAGCUCCGGGGCUGCCCAUGAACGGCACCAUGGCCGCGUCCUCGCACCGGAUAAUGCUGGGGCCACUGGUUGCUGCUAUAGACCAGGGGACGAGCUCCACCCGUUUUCUGGUGUUUAAUUCGAAAACAGCAGAGCUUCUCAGCCAUCAUCAGGUGGAAAUCAAACAGAGCUUCCCAAAAGAAGGCUGGGUGGAGGAGGAUCCUAAAGAAAUCCUGCAGUCGGUGUACGAGUGCAUGGAGCGGACGUGUGAAAAGCUGACGCAGCUCAACAUAGACAUCUCAAACAUCAAAGCUAUCGGAGUGACCAACCAACGAGAGACCACACUUGUUUGGGACAAAGAGACGGGGGAGCCCCUCUAUAAUGCAAUCGUGUGGCUGGACCUGCGGACUCAGUCAACAGUCGAGCGUCUUAUAAAUAAAACUCCCGGAAGAAAUAAGAACCACUUGAAGCAUAAAACGGGGCUCCCGAUCAGCACUUACUUCAGCGCCGUCAAACUCCGCUGGUUGAUGGACAACGUGGACGAGGUCCACGAAGCCGUGGUGUCACACCGCGCCAUGUUCGGCACGGUCGACGCCUGGCUCAUUUGGUGUUUGACGGGGGGUAAGACAGGCGGGGUCCACUGCACGGACGUGACCAACGCCAGCCGAACCAUGCUGUUUAACAUUCACACGAUGGACUGGGACCCAGAACUUUGCAAAUAUUUUGGUAUUCCUAUGGAGAUCUUACCCAGGGUGAGGAGUUCAUCGGAAAUAUACGGCCUCAUGAAAAUAUGUUCUAGCCUGAAAUCAGGGGCUCUUUCAGGCAUUCCAUUUUCAGGGUGUCUUGGGGAUCAGUCAGCAGCGCUUGUCGGACAGAUGUGUUUCCAGGACGGGCAGGCUAAAAACACGUACGGGACCGGCUGCUUUCUCCUGCGAAACACUGGAGUCAAGCCUGUAAUGUCUGAGCACGGUCUCCUGACCACUGUGGCGUACAAACUUGGCCGGGACAAACCUGCCUGUUAUGCACUGGAGGGCUCCGUGGCCAUCGCUGGAGCCGUGGUCCGCUGGUUGCAGGACAAUCUCGGGAUUAUCGGAUCAUCUGAAGAACUUGAGAAGCUGGCUGCAUCUGUCGGCACAUCUUACGGUUGCUACUUUGUUCCUGCGUUUUCAGGCCUUUACGCACCUUACUGGGAGCCCAGUGCACGAGGGAUCAUUUGUGGAUUAACUCAGUUUACAAAUAAGCGCCACCUCGCUUUUGCCGCGCUGGAAGCUGUCUGUUUCCAGACACGAGAGAUACUAGAUGCCAUGAAUCAGGACAGCGGCAUCCCACUGACUCAGCUGCAGGUAGACGGAGGAAUGACAUCCAACAAGUUGCUGAUGCAGCUGCAGGCUGACAUUCUCUGUAUCCCUGUUGUGAAGCCGUCCAUGCCUGAGACCACAGCUCUCGGUGCAGCGAUGGCAGCUGGAGCAGCAGAAGGUGUGAGUGUUUGGAGUCUGAACCCCGAGGAUCUGAGCGAGGUUACGUCAGAGAAGUUUGAACCUCAAAUCAACCCUGAAGAGAGUGAGUUUCGGUACGCUCGGUGGAAGAAGGCAGUUGAGAAAUCUAUGAACUGGGAGACGACGGAGCCUGUUUGCAAUGGAAAUGGUGAAACCAGUAUCUUCAGCAGCGUUCCCCUGGGCUUCUACAUCAUCGGGAGUAUGUUGAUGUUAAUCGGAGCAAAAUACCUCACAGGCAACAAGUAGACUGUGAUUUCUGGAGGCAUUAAAGCGACGGGGGGGGGAAAGUGGAAACAGGACCACCGCUCUUGUGCUCUUGUUG